CAAAAAGUAAGACAUUUCGAAAAUCAACAAAUUUAACAACCUCAUCCUCUGCUUUUAAAUUCUGGAAAAUCAUCUUUCAAAAAACGUAUAGAUUGUUACUUUAAAGUGCUAAAAUCCUAGAAAAAUGUCGAUCCUAGCAUAUAACGGAGGCGCUAUGGUAGCAAUGAAAGGAGAAAAUUGCGUCGCUAUAGCUGCCGAUAGAAGAUUCGGUAUCCAAGCUCAAACCCUAGCAACAAAUUUCGAAAAAGUCUUCGAAAUGGGGCCCCAUCUCUACGUCGGUCUGCCCGGCUUAGCCACCGAUACCCAAACAGUCAGAGAAAAACUGCGGUUCAGAAAAAACUUGUACGAACUCAAAGAAAACAGGCUGAUGUCGCCCAAAGUAUUCAGCGCUAUGCUGUCUCAUAUGCUGUACGAAAAACGCUUUGGGCCGUUCUUUGUAGAACCUGUAGUAGCUGGUUUAGACCCGAAAACCUACGAGCCAUUUAUUUGCAAUAUGGAUCUUAUUGGUUGCAUCAAUCAGCCUAAAGAUUUUGUUGUAGGAGGUACCGCUUCUGCACAAUUGUACGGUAUGUGCGAGGCUUUGUGGGAACCCAAUCUAGGGCCUGAGGAUUUAUUCGAGACUAUUUCGCAAGCUUUGAUUAAUGCUUUUGAUAGGGAUGCUGUUUCUGGUUGGGGUGCAACUGUAUACAUAAUUGAAAAGGAUAAAGUCACCAUCAAGAACUUGAAGACCCGAAUGGAUUAAGCUUUAAGUUAACAUUAAGGAAUAAACAUUAAGAAAAAAUGGGACACUGUAUUAAUUCUUUUUUUUAUAAACAAAUAUCUCUGAAUACAUUUUUUUAAUAACUUGGUUGCUUAUUAUAUUUACAUAUAUUCAAAUCUAUAAUAA